AUGGCGCGCCCAAUCGAGUAUAUCAGUAGCAUUGACGAUUCGAAGGAUUUGUGGAAGGUUGCUGUUAGAUGUAAGCAUAUGUGGUCUGUUACCAGUUCUCAGAAUAGAGAGCACUUAGAGCUUAUUCUGUUUGAUUCAAAGUUGGAUUUGAUUCAAGCCAUUGUGCCAUCUUAUUUGGUAUCAAAAUUCAAAACACAGGUUGAAGUUGGUUGUUCCUACAUAAUGCAGAAUUUCAAAGUUUCCAGCAAUGAUUUCUCCUUCAAAUCCACUGAUCAUAAGUUCAAAUUGAUUUUCUGUGGUUCAACUUCCAUCAAGAAGGUCCAACUUUCUGAGAUACCUCUGAACCAUCUCAAGUUAAUUGGAAUAAAUGCUAUUAUUGAGGGUAAAUACAGAACGAAUUUGUUAUAUGAUAUAAUUGGUGGGGUUACUGAAAUAUCCCAAGCCCAGAUAAUUCCUGAUAACAACAAAAGCAAGGUUGUGUUUUCAUUAACUGAUCUGAGCAAACAUCAUGUGCAAUGUACUCUUUGGGGUAAAUUAGCUGUGCAACUGAAUGAGUAUUAUACGACUCAUAAGGCUGAUGGUAGUAUUGUUCUCCUACUUAUGAAUGCAAGGAUCAAGGAACCUCAAGGAAAUUAUCCUUUAAAUGUAUCAAAUGCUUGGAACGGCACAAAACUGCUCAUCAAUGAUUUGUCUAUUGAGGAGGUUAAAAACCUUAAAGAGAAGUAA